AUGUCCAAGAUGCACGGGAGCCAGUGUGGCUUCUGUACGCCAGGGAUUGUGAUGAGCCUGUAUGCCUUGGUCAGGAAUGCCUGGGACCCGGAUGAGGGCGUGUUCAAGCUGAGUGAGAGAGACGUGGAGCUGGAGGGAGCACUGGAUGGGAAUUUGUGCCGAUGCACCGGUUACAAGACGAUAUUAGAGGCGGCAAAGACAUUUGUCACCCAAGAUCUCAAGGGAAGGGUUGCUGAUAACAAGGAAGAUGACCUCAAAGUCGACACUGAGGAAGACAUGAGCUCACUGGCAGUCAGUCAAGUUUCAGCAUCACUGCCCUCCUGUGAAAGUCUCGAGAAGGUCAACAGUCACUCCUCAGAGAAUGAAUCGGCGGACGAGAGUGCACCGUCCCUCGGCACUUCCGUCUCGAGCCAAGACAACCUCAAAGCCAACUCCGUGCUAGAACUCGGCGGCACGGUGACCACCGAGCCACACCACUACGAGUUCCAGCCAUAUGAGCCUGGGACAGACCUCAUUUUCCCACCUUCGCUAUGGAAGCACGAACGGAAACCCAUCUGCUAUGGGGACAGCUCAAUGCUCUGGUUCAGACCAACGACGCUCGCCCAACUGCUAGAGAUCAAGUCCGCCUACCCACCUGCAAAACUUGUCAGCGGGGCCAGUGAGGUAGUGAUCGAGCAGCGAUUCAAGCUCGUCGACUACCCCGUCGCGGUUUACGUCGGAGACAUAGAAGAGCUCCGGAGCUCGGCUCUGGUCCCGAGCGAUGCUUCAGAAACAGAGUGGCAGAGCUUGAAUGACGUAGUGCUACCUGCCAACGUGCCCUUGACCGAGGUUGAACGACUCUGCAAAGAGGUGCGGACGCAGGUCGGCAGGCGAGGACAAGUGCUGGAUGCAUUGCGCAAACAGCUACGGUACUUCGGGGGCAGACAGAUCCGGAAUGUUGCGACGCUGGCUGGCAAUAUCGCCACUGCAAGCCCCAUAUCGGAUGCACUCCCUGUCCUGAUGGCCUCAGGAGCCAGCGUCACGAUCAGGAGACUUGACAAGGACACUGGAGGUGUACUUGAGGAAGAAGUGGCCCUGUCGCAAUUUGUGAAAGGGUACCGACGGACGACUUUGACAGAAGAGAUGCAGGACGGAGUUCUCACUGCUGUUCGGAUCCCUUUGCCGCCUCUGGGCGGCGAUGGCAAGGAGACUAUCAAAGCCUAUAAGCAAGCCAAACGCAAGGAGGAUGACAUCGCUAUCGUGACCGCAUGCUUUCGUGUGCGGCUGGAUGACACGGGGCUUGUGGAGGAUGCGGUAUUCUCCUAUGGGGGAAUGGCACCAACGACGAGACUGGCUCCGAAAACACAAAUUUUGUUGAAAGGGCUUCUCUGGCCCGACCACUCGACACUCGAAAAGGCUGUCGAUUCGCUACAGAAAGAAUUGUGGCUGCCCUUCGACGUCCCGGGAGGGAUGGCUCAAUAUAGGACCACACUGGCCUGUUCGCUAUUCCUGCGUUUCUGGCACGAGUCUCUGAGGGAUGUCGGAAUCUCAAUGGAAUCAGCAGCGGAUGUGUCUGAGCUCGAACACGGCCUUUCUUUCGGCAUUCGAGACAUGCCAGCCCUUCCUGCUGACGCUGGCACGAGUAAUGCAUCCACGAUGGGGAGGCCCGUCCCACACCUGUCAUCCCUUGCCCAGACCACUGGCCAGGCCGAGUACGUUGAUGAUAUUCCACCACAGUCCGAGGAGCUGUUCUGUGGGCUGGUCCUCUCAACUCGCUCACAUGCUCGGAUCGUGUCUGUCGACUGGUCUGCCGCGCUAGAGUCGCCGGGUGUGGUAGGCCACUUGGACCAUCACACGCUCUCUUCACCUGACCUCAACAUGUGGGGAAGUCUCAAACACGAUGAGCCGUUCUUUGCAACAGACACCGUAGACAGCCACGGCCAGGUUAUCGGGGUGGUACUUGCAGAUACGCAACUCGGAGCCAGAGCAGCUGCGAGGAGGGUGAAGAUCGAGUAUGAGGACCUGCCUGCUUUGAUCACCAUUGACCACGCGGUCCAGGCUGGAAGCUUCUUUGCGUACGGAAAAGAGCUGCGCAAGGGCGAAUCGGCCUUGAAACAGGAUCUUAGCGGGCCGUUUGCGGCAUGCGAGCGUAUAUUUGAGGGAACGACGAGGCUCGGUGGACAGGAACAGUUCUAUCUGGAAACGAAUGCCGCGCUUGCCAUCCCGAAGAGUGAAGAUGGGCAGAUGGACGUCUGGUCAAGUACUCAGAACACUAUGGAGACACAGACAUUUGUCUCUCAGAUUCUCACGGUGCCGAACCACAAGAUCAACGUCCGGGUCAAGCGUCUGGGUGGUGGAUUCGGUGGCAAAGAAUCGCGACCCGUGCCUCUCGCCUGUUACUGCGCCCUCGCGGCAGCCAAGCACAACCGUCCCGUGCGCAUCAUGCUCACUCGCGAGGAGGACAUGGCGACGACGGGCCAGCGCCACCCGUUCAAGGCGACGUGGCGAAUCGGCGUCACCAAUGAAGGCAAGCUGAUGGUCCUUGAGGCCGACCUGUACAACAAUGCUGGCUUCAGCGUAGACAUGUCCACGGCCGUCAUGGAUCGAGCUCUCACACAUGUCGACAACUGUUAUGAGAUUCCGGAUGUGUGGGGUAUGUUCAUCACGGAGAGCAUAAUAUCUGCCGUAGCCGAGGGAGUCAACAUUCCUGUCGAUGAGAUCCGUCGCAGGAACCUCUAUGUCGAAGGGCAACGGACACCCUUCUUGCAGCAUAUCAACGAGGACUGGCAUGUACCCACUAUGCUUGAGCAAGUCCGCCGCAAUGCACAGUUCGACGCCCGGAAGAAGGCCAUAGAUGCAUACAACAGCGAUCCCAGAAAUCGCUGGAGGAAGAAAGGGAUAGCAAUGAUUCCCACCAAAUUCGGACUCUCGUUUGCCACGGCGUUGCAUCUCAACCAGGCCGCCGCAUACGUGCAGAUCUACACGGACGGGACGGUACUUCUCUCACACGGAGGCACAGAAAUGGGACAGGGCUUGUACACAAAGAUGUGCCAGGUAGCAUCGGCGGAGCUCGGAGUGCCACUCCGGGAUGUGUACACAAACGACAGCUCAACAUACUCCAUCGCCAACGCGUCGCCGACGGCGGCAAGCUCGGGGAGCGACCUGAACGGCAUGGCGGUCAAGGCGGCCUGCGAGAAGCUAAGUGAGAGGCUGAAGCCCUACCGUCGGGAGUUGGGGGAGCAUGCCUCCAUGAAGGAGCUUGCGAUGGCGGCAUAUCGUGACCGUGUAAGCUUGAUAGCGAGCGGGUUCUGGAAAAUGCCGAGGAUCGGAUAUGUCUGGAACGAAUUUGAGAACCUGGACCCGAAGCCCAUGUACUACUACUGGACGCAGGGUGUCGCAGUAACCGAAGUCGAGUUGGAUGUCUUGACCGGUGACCACCACGUACUGAGGACAGAUAUCAUGAUGGACGUCGGAAACUCAAUCAAUCCCGCCCUCGACUAUGGUCAAAUCGAAGGAGCAUUCAUCCAGGGCCAAGGUCUCUUCACACUGGAAGAAUCCCUCUGGAAUUCCAAGACAGGCUGCUUGUCGACAACUGGCCCAGGGACGUACAAGAUCCCAGGGUUCGGCGAUAUUCCUCGUGAGUUCAACGUAAGCAUGUUGAAGCAUGAUACCGAGGGCAACCCGAUCAGCUGGAAGCACCUGCGGUCGAUCGCGAGCAGCAAGGGGGUCGGCGAACCGCCCUUGUUCCUAGGCUCGACGGUGUUCUUUGCCUUGAGGGAGGCCGUCAGGGCCGCGAGGAAGCAGAACGGGCUUGGUGACAGUGGCUUGGUGUUGGACAGCCCGGCGACUGCAGAGGCGCUGAGAUGUGCGGUUGGGGACCAGCUGAGCAGGAAAUGUGUUGUUGACAAGGUAAAGGAGCAGAGGCCAUUCUUUGUAAGGGCAUCUUAA